AUGGCAGGAGGCAAAGAAGCUCUUCUCGUUUCAGCUCUUGGGCUCCGUCGUGAUUGGCAGCCUGCUCGGGUUGGAAAUACGAGUCCAGAUCCUACGGUUCUAGGAGAAGUGAGCAGCGCGGAGAGCGCUCAGACAUUUGCAGGCAAGCCUCUGCAUUUGAGAAUCAGCAUGCUCAACGCAAUCUAUCCGUCGGAGCAAUGUAUCAAAGCACCGCUCGAUAGACCGGUCGAACAAGCGCCCCAGAGGCCAGCGGCUGUGAAACGGAACUGCAUUGCACCGGAAAUCGACCUGCCCCUUUUCGAAGACCUCCCUGAGGAGUACGACCCGUCGACGUGGUGGCUCGACGGGCACGCGCCGGCGCAUCCUCACCUCGACAACGACGCGGCCAUCAAGUUCUGGGUCCGAGCCAUCAAGCAGCCACUCCUGGCAUGCAUCCUUGAGGGCUGCGGGAUUCUGCUCGAGCGAGCCAACGAACAUGCGCUAUUAUCGUCCCUGGCGUCGCAUGAGCUCCUCUGGCAGGCGGCCGUGUCGGUGCAGAAAUACGGCGUGGUGUACCUGGCGACGCGGUCUGAAUGCCGCGACGAAUUCCGGGCGGCGGUGGAGCGCGAGCGGGCGCUGUUCGGGCAGAUGGACGAAUUCCUGCGGGCGGACGGGCAGGCGACGCGGGCGAUCAACUACGGCAUCCACCGGCUGAUCAACACGGGCGGGUUCACGGUGGAGCACCACCAGCGGCUCAUCCCGCCGCGGGCGAUCGCGGCACUCGGGCCGCAGCACGUGGCGGUGCGGCGGCAGGACUUCGCGGGCGCCAGCACGGCGCUGCUGGACGAGGCGCGGGCGGUGUGGGACCUGCACGACUUCGCGCACCUGACGGCGGCGUCGCUGAGCGCGGAGCUGUACGGGUCGAAGUACUUCACGCAGCUGGCGGCGCUGCCGGCGCGGCUGACGGCGCUGCGAGCUGCUGACGCCGCUGUUCACGGCGGCGGUGGCGGCGGUGCAGCGCGGGGCGGCGGCGCACGGGUACGCGUCGCUGACGGAGACGCUGGCGGAGGCGGUGGCGGAGUUCCUGGCGGGCGGGCGGGCGCUGCGGCACCACAGCACGGGCACGGCGCUGCGGCUGGAGACGGCGGCGAGCGCGGAGCAGCUGGCGGUGCUGCUGCAGAACAAGGCGUACGAGCUGACGGCGAGCGAGGUGGAGCAGCGGGUGAUGACGCGCGGCGGGCCGGCGGGCGACGGGCGGGAUGA